CUUGUUCUUCUCCGCCCUUGACCCCUCCUGAAAAUGACCAUGACGGAGUCAAGGGUGCCAGGUCAGACGAGUGAGCCAUCGCCGACGAUAAGCGCUAACAACAAUGACACGAAGUGGAAUGGGUGAGAAGGCCAUGUGCCCGAGGUUGGACGUGAUAUAUACGACAACCGUGUGCUACGCUUCUACUUAGCAGAGUGAAUCAAAGAUAACGGUAAGGAGUAUAAUUAAGCCACUACCCAUUGUCCUGUGCAGUAGCACUCCUCUUCCUCAGAAGACAACCAUUGCAACUGAUGUAUGGUUGAUCUAAGUCGACCUGGUUAUAACGGAAACCCAAAGGCCACAUACUGAACACCAUCGGACAUCGACUCGAACUCAUCCAGAGGGUAAAAAUCCCAAAACAUAACACAAUCAAUCGACAAUGCUCGAGGCACUAUCGCCCACGACGCUCUCGUUUCUCUUCCUCGCCCUAGGCUACUUCUUGAUACGGUACCUGAACUCGACCGAUCAGCCAAAGAUCAAGGGCCUCCCUGAGAUCCCCGGGGUCCCGCUCUUUGGCAACCUACUACAACUUGGUCAAGACCAUGCUCGAGUGACUGCCGCCUGGGCAAAGAAGUAUGGCUGGCCGGUCUUCCAGACUCGAUUGGGCAACCGUCGUAUCAUCUGGGCCAACAGUUUCGAAUCUGUCAAACACUUCUGGAUCACCAACCAGUCGGCCCUGAUAUCACGUCCGACCCUGUACACGUUCCACAGUGUCGUUUCCAGCAGUCAAGGCUUCACCAUCGGCACUUCGCCCUGGGAUGAUUCGUGUAAGAGACGUCGCAAGGUGGCGGCUACAGCACUGAACAAGCCAGCCGUACAGAGCUACAUGCCUUUCAUCGACCUCGAGAGCUGUGUGGCCAUCAAAGACAUGUACAAGGACAGCAACAAUGGGACGAUCGACUUGGACCCACGAAAGUAUUUCCACCGCUUUGCCCUGAACACCAGCUUGACCUUGAACUAUGGCAUUCGAAUUGACGGAGGCAUCGACCAGGAACUCUUGAGAGAAGUCGUGCACGUUGAACGCGUCGUGUCCAACUUCCGAAGCACCUCCAACAACUGGCAAGACUACAUCCCUUUGCUUCGCCUGCCAUUCAUUUCUCGACAGAACAAGUCGGCCGCCGAGUACCGGACCCGUCGCGACAAGUACCUCACCACCUUCUUGGACAUGCUCAAGGACCGGAUCGCCAAGGGAACAGACCGACCUUGCAUCACGGGAAACAUCAUCAAGGAUCCCGAGGAAACCCUCAACGACGCCGAACUCAAGUCGAUCUGUCUGACCAUGGUCUCAGCGGGCAUUGACACCGUGCCGGGCAAUAUGAUCAUGGGCCUGGGCUACCUCGCGUCACCGGAGGGCCAGCACAUCCAGAAAAAGGCGUACGAGGAGAUCAUGAAGGUCUACCCGACCGACGGCGAGGCGUGGGAAAAGUGUCUCAUCGAGGAAAAAGUGCCGUACGUCACGGCCCUGACCAAGGAGAUCCUCCGCUUCUGGACCGUGAUCCCUGUGUGCCUGCCGCGCACGAGCAUCAAGGACAUCAAGUACAAUGACACCGUCAUCCCGGCCGGGUCGGUGUUUUACAUGAACGCCUGGGCGGCAGACUACGACGACACACACUUCAAGGACCCCGCUAGGUUCAUCCCGGAGCGCUACCUGGACGACCAAGAAGGCAGCGGCACGCCACACUACGGCUACGGGGCCGGCAGCCGCAUGUGCGUCGGUUCCCACCUGGCCAACCGGGAGAUCUACACGGCGUUCUUGCGCAUGAUUGUCGCGUUUGAGUUUGUGCCGGCCAAGGACCAAAAAGACUGGCCUGUCCUGGACGCCCUGGAGUGCAAUUCCAUCCCGACCGCGCUGACCACGGAGCCAAAGCCGUUCAAGGUGGGUUUCAAGAUUCGAAACAAGGCGGCUUUGGACAGGUGGAUUCGUGACAGUGAGCAGAGAACGAAGGAUUUGUGAUGGGGGCUGCUGAACAAAAAAGGGGUUGGGGGGUAGGAGGCUUGAAGAAGGGAGUGAGAAAGGGAAAAGACAGGUAUUUUACACGAACUGCAUGUUUUGUCCGAAAUUCGAAUCCAAAGUGCUUUGAUUAGCGUGAUUCUUCUAUCAAAAACUGAUGGAAUUUUAUUCUGUCAUGUAUGGAGUACCUACAAGUGGCCAUCGAAUGCGCCUCGCCUCUCUACGGACUCAUCAGGCGUUCUGAAUGGAUCAUAGUAGCCUGAAGCAUUUUUGUCAUGGCCGGUUCCGUUGAAAAGUUGCAUCGUUCCUUCACUUUGUUCACUUUUCGAGUGGAUGUUCCGGACAAAC